AGUUCCGAGAUUCUCAGUCAAGCAGCUAGUUUCUUCCGGUGUCAUUCAGACCCCUCCUGAAAGAUGUCGCGGCGAUCUUGUGCCGUGGCGGUGGGCGUGGCGGCCAGCGGGGCCGUGCUGCUCUCGCAGGAUGCCUUCGUUGCAGCUCCUGCAGCGAUGCAGCAGUUGCAGAGCCAGAGGCCCGCUGCGGCCCAAAGUGUCCAGGAGGCAUCCACUGCGACAGGCGCCUGGCCAGCCGUCGCCUCGUGCGGAGUGCUGGCCGCUGCUGCAGGAGCCGGCAUCCGUGCCCGCGGCCGCAAGUCCAAGGUGGCCAAGAAGGCCCGCGGUGGGGAGGACCGUUUCCAUGGGAUCAAGUUCGAGAACAGCAAGCAAAAGGAUGCCUAUGCAGACUUGGAGUACAUCAAUGAUGUGGGCUACUUGCCGGAUGGCACGCCCAUGAACAUGGCCGGCAAUGCCGUCAACCACCCGGAGACCAUCCAGCCGGACCUGCACAACCCUGGCUCUCCUUUGCCGAGGGCCAACUUUGUGAACUCCAUCGGCUACCUGCCGGACGGCACCCCAUUAAACAGGGCCGGCAACGCCAUCAACCACCCGGAGACCAUCGGGCCUGACCCUCACACCCCUGGUUCGCCUCUGCCUGCGUCUGUGUAUGCGGCUGAGACUGGUUACUUGGUGGAUGGCACUCCCCUGGAGCUGGCUGGCAACGCCAUCAACCACAUGCAGGGUGGAGGUGCUCCAGCUGCAGCACCUGCUCCGGCUGCCCCUACUGCGCCCGCCAUGCCUAUGUCCAGCCCAGUGGCUGCUGCGCCAAUGGCAGCAGGGCAGUCCACGGGUGACAAGUUCCAUGGCAUCAAGUUCGAGUACAGCAAGCAGCAGGAUGCCUAUGCGGACCUCCAGUACAUCAAUGACGUGGGCUACUUGCCGGAUGGCACGCCCAUGAACCUGGCCGGCAACGCCGUCAACCACCCGGAGACCAUCCAGCCGGACCUGCACAACCCUGGCUCUCCUUUGCCGAGGGCCAACUUUGUGAACUCCAUCGGCUACCUGCCGGACGGCACCCCAUUGAACAGGGCCGGCAACGCCAUCAACCACCCGGAGACCAUCGGGCCUGACCCUCACACCCCUGGUUCGCCUCUGCCUGCGUCUGUGUAUGCGGCUGAGACUGGUUACUUGGUGGAUGGCACUCCCCUGGAGCUGGCUGGCAACGCCAUCAACCACAUGGACAUGUCUGCAGGUGCGCCUUCUGCGCCAGCUGCUCCUGCACCGGCUCCUGCAGCAGCUCCUGCUGCAGCCCCGGUGCCUGCCAUGGCAACGGCGGCCUUUGUCGGUGCGGAGACAAAGGUGAGGCGCCCUAUUGGCUUUUCCUAUGCAUUCCAGCAGGAUGCGUAUGCGGACCUGAAGUUUCAGAACGAUGUGGGCUACCUUCCGGACGGCACCCCCAUGAACAGGGCUGGCAAUGCCAUCAACCACCCGGAAAACAUCCAGCCUGACCCUCAUGCGCCCGGCUCUCCUUUGCCCCGUGCCAGCUACACCAACGAUGUUGGCUACCUGCCGGAUGGCACCCCGAUGAACGCUGCUGGCAAUGCCAUCAACCAUCCAGAGACCAUCGGACCUGACCUGCACACGCCGGGGUCGGCUUUGCCACCCUCGGCAUAUGCCGCAGACAUUGGCUACUUGGUGGAUGGCACUCCUAUGGCGGAGGCCGGCAACAACUCCAUCCCUCGUUGAACACCCAUCGCUUGGUCGCGUACCUUUGCUGCGUCCCACAUGAUUGGGUGAGAGACCCUAUUGUGCGAAGGUGUGGCCUACGGAAAAAGACUGAGCGCAAUGUUUCAAGCUCGGCUCAUUUCAGGUGUGUGGAGAUGUUUCUCGGUUGGGAGAACAUGAGAUGUUUCCAAAGUGAACGCUGCGUUGGCCGUGAGGCCCAUUGUGAUGUUUGAUUUUGGGACUGCCUAGGAGUUAGCCUCCUGGGAGAAUGUCUCAGUGAACGUCCGAUUUCUCCGUCCAUUGCCCUAAAAGGGGAAUGCUGACUGCUGACUGCUAAGAGAAGGGCAGCCAUGAAGGCCGCUGUUUCCCGCGC